UAAAAAUGUGCAUUUGAAAAACUAAACAACAACACUUGAUUUUUCACUCACAGCUUAAUACAAGAACCAAGAUAUGGACUCCGAAAAGAUGAGCUAUAAUGCUGGACAAGCCAAGGGCCAAGCUGAGGAAAAGGCUAGCACCAUGAUGGACAAGGCUUCCAAUGCUGCCCAAUCUGCUCAAGAAUCCUUGCAAGAGGCUGGGCAGCAAAUGAAGGCUAAAGCGCAAGAGGCUGCUGAAGUUGUGAAGAAUGCAACUGGGAUGAACAACAACUAAGGAAGCUAAAUGUAUCAUUAAAUAUGCUAGACUUGGUUUCCCUUCAAAUAAACCUUGUUCUGCUGAUACAUGUAUUUUGCAGAACCAUUGUUCCAUUUUUUUCCUUUAAAUUUUUAAUAUUAAAUUUCUAGUGCUUAUUAAAUGUC